AGUCACGUGGCGCGGCGAGUGGAGGCGGGAUGCGAUGGGUUGUGGAUAGCGCACGGCUGCUGCCUCGCGGGCCUCCACUCAGGCGGAGGAGUUUGCGCACCACCUGGCGGCACGAGGUGGUGGUGGUGGUGGUGGUGGUGGCGGCGGCGGCAGGCAGGCAGGUAGGAAGGUAGGCAGCAAGAGGGCCCGGCCAGUUGCCCGGACGUGACCAGUCGAUAGUGCCGCCCUGCCCGCUGGCGCUGCUCCUCUCCUCUUCCUCCUCUUACUACACCACCACCACCGUCGCCACCUCCUUCUCCUGGGCAGCCUCGCGCCAGCCGCUCACUGGUCGCGAGGGUGCCGCCCCGGGCCAGCGCGCGUCCCACCCUCUUGCUCGGGGAGGUCGCCAAGGCGCGGGCGAUUAGCGGCAGGUGGCUGCAGUUAGCGCGGCGACCCCCGUGAGUCACUCAGCCACUCUCCCAGCACACGCCCCCAUGCCGCUGGAGGGGAGGCGCGGCGGAGAGGAGGACGCUGAGUGGUGUGAGGGCGCGGCGGGACGGGUCAGUGUGUGUUGGUGUCACGGGCUGGUGUGACGCGGGAGCCAGCACCACCCAGCACCAGUCCCACUAGCACCGCCUCACCUGAGCGGCGGCAGCACACAGGUGGCGAGAGGGCGGGUCACGCGGAACAGGUGACAUGGUGAUCGCUUGGAGUCCCCAGCGGUGGCAGGAACAGUGACCAAUGUUCCGGCUCUCCACCGAGCAGCACCACCCCGGCAAGCCUGUGAUUAUCCACCCGCACAAAAUGUUCAGUAGUCGACGCAAGAGUCUCCCCGACCCGUCCAGCCUCACCAAGUCCUCCUCCUCCUCCACCUCCUCGGGGUUCACCUCCUCAAGGACCACCAAGCGAAGGGCAUCCAAUGGCUUCCUUAACCCAGAGGUCAUGGCGGUUCCUGGGACGGGUGGGAUGGGGGGCGGUGGCGGCGGAGGCGGCGGCGGCGGCGGGGGGCUGGCAGGCGAUGGGCGGCUCCUGGUAGCUGAUCUGCGGCACCACAACUUCGAUGCCAUCCGCUUUGCCUCUUACCGCACCGCCGCCAAACUGCGCUUCGUUCAAAAGAAGACCAACAUGCAUCGCGUGGACAUCUGGAACAUCAUUGAAGCGUUCCGAGAGAAUGGACUCAACACCCUGGAACCAUACACAGAGGUCAAGGUGUCCCGGCUGGAGACACUGAUCUCAACCUUGUACCACAGCCUGAACAAGAGACUCCCAGUGGGACAGAAUGUGGUGAUUGAGACCUCCACUUCAGUGCUGCUCAACUGGCUCCUCUCAGCUUAUGACAAAGACGACGAGGGGAAGCUCCGAGUGUUCAGCGUCAAAGUAGCGCUGGCCACUCUGUGCAGCAGCAAGCCUCUUGACAAGCUCAGGUAUAUAUUCUCACAAAUAUCUGAUGGUAACGGGCACCUCUCUCUGACCCGCUUCUCUGAGUACCUGAAGGAAGUCCUCUCACUACCAGCUGCUGUUUUUGAGUCUCCAAGUUUCUCAUACUCAGAAAACCUUGUUACCCAUAUUUUUGACGGGAUCAAGCAGAUCAACGUCAACGACUUCCUCGAAGUGGUGCUGGAGGACCCCGGGCCAGAGUGCCUGGCAUGGCUGCCACUGCUGCACCGCCUGGCCGCCUCAGAGUCGGAUGCACUGUGGGCCGUUGAUCUCAUUGAUGAUGACUUUAUUGAUGAAUUCGUCCACCAGACCACCUGUGACGGCUGCCGCAGGGAGAACUUCACUGGUCUGCGCUACAAGUGCGAGAAGUGCCACAACUAUAGCAUGUGUCAGGAGUGCUUCUGGCUGGGCCGCUUCUCCCCGCCUCACUCCAUUGACCACCAAGUGAAGGAAUACACCUCCUUUACACCAACUCGGCAUUCCUUCCGCCGAAGCCUGCGCUGUGUGCCUGACAGACCAACGUUGGACCGGCCACGCUUCCCAGAGCACCCUGAGAAGACCCUGAACCUCUCCCAUAUAGUUCCUCCUUCUCCUCUGCCCUCCCACAACGGCUUUGAGGGAGGACCAGCACCGCCACAGUCCACUUCUCUAGAGAGUCGCUCGUCUAGCAGAAGUUGCAUCAGCAGCCUGCCGGACUGGAGUCAGCUGGACGAGGAGCACCGCCUCAUUGCUCACUAUGCAGCGCGCCUGGCCAGUCAGACGUCUCAGUCGGGGAGUGAGAGUGUGGACUCCAGCCCAGGUUUUGACUCCUCCAGUGCCCAGCGAGGUCUGAUACAAUCGCUUGAGGCAAAGAACAGAGAUAUCAUGAGAGAAAUAAACUCCUUAAGGAACAGAGUGUAUGUUUGCAGGCAGCAGCAGGAGCGGGCGGAGGGCAGCACCAACCCCACGCUGGUGGCUGAGCUGCGCACCCUCCGCUCCCACCGCCACGAGCUGGAGUCCAAUCUCUCCUAUCUCCAAGACUCUCGCAAACAGCUCAUGCAGCAACUAGAAAGUCUAAUGAAAAUGCUCAAAAACCACCAGACUUCCCCCACCACCCCUGCUGGCUCCCCCAAGUCCCCGCCAUUUUCCACCAGCGGGUCCAUCAGCAGCAGUGUGCUCACCAGUCUCGCCUCAGGGACUCAGGGUUCCACUGGCUCCUCCCGGUCAGCUCCCCCCACACCCUCACACACUGCUCAAGUGUCUACAUUAGACUCUCUCUCUUCUCUUCAUGUUGACGGGCUGCAGUCAACAGUGUCUUCUGUGUUCUCAAGUGCCGACUCCAGUUGUUCAGCAGACAACUCUCCUGAUGACAGCAUAGCCUCUCACAGCCUCAGGAACGACCUGCUUGUGGCUGCAGACUCCGUCACCAACGCCAUGUCUAGUCUAGUGCGGGAGCUUAAUUCAGAAAGUUCAGAUGAUGAGUCUCAGCUUGCCAGGCCCCUGCCCGAGCGAGACUAUGACUUCAAGGGUCUGUAUGAGAGCCCCUCCUGGCGUAGCAUGACAGAGGUGCAGUACAGUGAGGCUGAGCCACACCCACACAGCCGCAAGCCUAGUAGAGACUUGUCUCAGGUUGGAAUGAAAAGCAGCAGCAAGUGGCACUCAAAUGAUAACCAGGAUGACUUGGGCUCCAAGAAGGACGGCGACACACCUGACUGGGAGGAGGCAGGUAUGGGAUGGGUCAACAGGUAGAUGCUGGCAUCAAGCAACCACUAGCACUACUAAUUACUAUCUCAUUGAUCUUCAUCUCUGUACUAUUAACCUUUUUAGAAAUUACUAUUAAGUGGGAUGUAGGUAAAGGUGGGAGGCAGUGGCAUAACUACAAUAGCACUACUGACCUUGUAUUGUAGAGAUUAUGCAUCCCAUCAUGAAACUCACCAUUGUAGCAACAGACAGCCGGAUGGAGCAUGCGUGUGUCUCGUGUUUCACUCGUGUACAAUGUCACACACCCGUGGACAACAGUUUAUAUACUGCUUUGUAUUUUGUGUUAAUAAAUUUCAGACUUCCUGGUGGGAUGUGUUUGGUCUUAUGUUUAAUUUAUGAGUGUUCUUCUGGACUGUAAUCAGAGAAGGAUAAGUUCUAUAUGUUUGGUCCCAGAGUUAUGAGACAACCAGUGGGAGAGUUGCUGUGAUUGCUUGCCUUUAGUUAAAAACUUUCUUGUGUAUUGUCCCCUACAGUUCCCAUUAAUGUAUGUAGAUUUCAUCCACUGGACUUGUUACUAACCAUGAGGAGUAAUUUUUUAUUAAUACAAAGUGGAUGAUUUGCAUGUGUCCUUCAUUAGUUAGUUGUACUACAUUGUUCAUUCAUAUAAUUUCACUUUACAUUAUUAUUUGGCAAGCUUCCAUUAGGUGACAAAGGCUCAAGCCUUUAGAAAUUCUAAUCAUGAGUGAGGAUGACUUGAAGUAUUUGACUGAUGGGUCAUGAGACAAGCAGCCUUUGCCUGCUGAGCAGUUUCAUUCAAUUCCUUAAACAUCUUACCCACUUAUACUGUACUUUAUAGGCUGUCAUGAAUUGUAUGACAUUUUUUAUAAAUAUUACUUACUAUUAAAUAUCCCAGUAAGGAAUUAGAUCAUUUUCAGAGGAUAUUGAUCAAUAAGCUGAGGAUAUGAGUACAUCUAAAAGUGUAUAACUAAGGAGAGAAAUGUAGGACAUUGGUAUAUACAUAUAUUUCACUUUUGUUAAGAAAACUAAGAUGAUUGACAAAAUUAUUAUGUAUAGAGUCCUCUUUUUACUGUGGAUAACAUCCACAUUAUGCCAUAUUGGAAAACAAAGCAAAUUAAACAAAAUUUUCAAUGAUCAGUUGAAAUCACACGCUCAGGUGCCUUCAUACACAAACCCAGACAUGAAGAUAUUGGUGUGUGUUCAUCGGUGCACCGGCAACACAAUGGUAUGACUCACCUCAUCAUUGGCUCUUCUUGCCCAUCUUUGGUAACCCAGUGUUCUUGAAUUGAUUUUUGGGAAAUUGUAAAAUAAAACAGGUCAUUGUAAAAUUAUACAUAUGAACGCAUGCAAAGAGGCAAACACAUGAUUAUUCAUAGCUUAUUGAUUGAUAUUUGAAAGACAGCAUUGAUAAAACUUGUUCUGCUCUAGAUAUUAUUUCUUCCUUCAAGUGCUAAUUUUCCCUAAGUAAUAAGGGUAAAUAAGCUGACUUUCAAUUCCGAGUGGCCAAAAAUUUUCAUGCAUCAUGUCUAUGAGGACCAAGAGAGUGGAUCAGAGAAGCUUUACCUUGAGGUACCUGUAGUUAGAUAGAGUACAUAUCUUUGGAAAUAUCUGUGGUGGUGAUGGUGGUAAACAUUUCUUAUUUAUUUUGUAGGACAAUCAAAAGUAACUUAACAAUAAUUAUGCAGAAAGAAAGCUUUGCACCAUGUUCUUUAAUUAAUGUGCCUCGUGCUUGUCCUAGCAUUAACUCCUUCGUGAUGAUCUUGGCGUAGUGAUGCACCGCUCUUCCCCGUCACAUGUGAGGUGUCAAACUGUCCUCGUGUCACAUGCACCGCAAGUAGCCAAUUGGAGUUUGAAAAUUUAAAUUGCUCAGUGUAGACCCACAGUCACAGUUUGGACCAAUUAUUGUUGAGCUUCACUUCAUUUAGAACAUUUGAUCUCACUACCAUUGCUAGACUUAUAAGUAUGCAUCUUAAUGUUUCAUCUUCCCAGUUGUGUGGUGUUGAUGUCUGAUUCCUUUGUGUGUAAGAGCUAAUGAGAUGACUAAGAGUUAUGAAUUGGUUCUCUAAUUCUGAGUGAUACUGUUCACCAUUAGUUUGUCUCGAGCACUUCCAUCACUCUGUGUACUGUUGUGCUAAAAUUCAUUCAAAGACAAGGUCAGAGAUAUGCAUGUUAGAGCAGGCUGUGAUUCAGGAUUCUUGUUUAAGAACCUUUGUUACAGUAAAAUCUGUUUGAACUGUAGAUACACAAAACGAAUCAAAAAAACUGUACCAUCUUUAUUCCUAGAUAAAUUCUGAAUGAUUUAGAAAUUGAUAACAUUACAUAAGAAAAUGCUGGUAAUCUGUCAUAAAUUAUGCUUUUGCAUACACAAUAUUAUAGAGAAAAUUAUUUAAAGAUAUCAUGAAUGAAGUUAUGAAAUUACUAAUCAAGAUAAAACAUUGCUCAACAUGUCUAAAGUCCUUGAACAUUAUAUUUGGCUGAGAUAUAGAACAGUCAUUGUAUACAAUCACAAUGUAUAUAAUAGUCUUUCACAUUGUUUGCCACAUAUGCAAACUUAUGAAAGAAGCCUUGAUUUUUCUUUAAGAAUCAAUGUUUCCUUGACAGUGAUAGAUCAAGAUAAUAAUGUAGUUACACAGUGUCAAGCCUUCAUUAACCUAACUCCAAUAGACAAUAGCCAAAGAUAGUGAGUGAAGUCUUGAAUGAAAUCAUUGGCACCUACCUCAGCUACUUGCUUCCAAUGACUGACCAAGUUUCAGAAAAGAGGUUCCAAAAUAAAGUAGGAGGCAUGUUGCUUCAGAGAUGACAAAUCCUCUUGUAAUGGGGGUGAGUACAUUAGUGGGCUCUUCUUUUCACGUUGAGUUCUCUUGUAAAAUGAUAGGACUAGAUUUUUCUUGAUCUAAGACUUAUGGGUUAGGAAUAAAGUAGUGUAAGUUUUAUUAAUAAACUAACCUUUUGAUUCCCAUAUUUUUAAGGGUGUGGCAGCUGUCUUGGCAGCUGAGUUUUAAGUUUCUAGUCAUUUAAGGGUAUGAUUUGGCACUAGACAUGAGCUGUGAUGUUUACUAUUAUGUUAAACGAUAGUUACCAUGUGGCCAAGGUACCUAAUAAAGGGAAAUUUAUCA